AUGAUGCAACCGUCUUUGCUAAUGUUGUUGUGGCACAUCUGUUACCCUGACAAGUAGCACUGUUUAGUCUCUCUUUCUGAAGAAGGAUGUUACAUUUAUGAGUACCGGAAUACAGCGUCUGAGGGGAAAACGUAGCCGUUAGCUUCAGUGCGUCACCUCUACAGCCAAUGGACUGACAUCAGCCAGCAGAGAUGUUGUUUAAAGAUCUUCCCCGAGAGGCCCUGAUGCGGCCGCUGUCCAGGAAUGAAGUGCUGGGCAUGUUGAUCAGGCUAACCAUAUUUGGUGCAGCAACUUACUACAGCAUCAAAUGGGUUGUCGAUGCCAUGGAUCCUACCUCCAAACAGAAAAAUCAAGCCAAAAAAAGGGCAGAACAGCUGAUGAAGAGGAUCGGCGUGGAGGGUGUCAAACUAACAGAGUAUGAGAUGAACAUUGCAUGCCACCUAGUUGACCCACAGACGAUGAAGGUGUCCUGGAGAGAUAUAGCAGGUCUGGAUGAAGUUAUAAAUGAGCUGCAGGACACAGUCAUCCUUCCUUUUCAAAAGAGACACCUUUUAACCGGAUCAAGACUCUUUCAGCCACCUAAAGGUGUUUUAUUAUUUGGUCCCCCCGGAUGUGGGAAGACCAUGAUUGCCAAGGCUACAGCCAAAGCCUCAGGCUGCAAGUUCAUCAACCUUCAGGCGUCCACGCUGACAGACAUGUGGUACGGAGAAUCCCAGAAGCUGACUGCUGCUGUCUUCUCAUUGGCCGUAAAAAUCCAGCCCUGCAUCAUCUUCAUCGAUGAGAUUGAGUCCUUUUUGAGGAACCGCUCUAGUCUGGAUCAUGAGGCCACAGCCAUGAUGAAGGCCCAGUUCAUGAGCCUAUGGGACGGCCUGGAUACUUCCACAACCACCCAGGUGAUGGUUAUGGGAGCAACAAACAGACCUCAGGAUGUAGAUCCAGCCAUUCUGCGCAGGAUGCCCGCCACUUUUCAUGUUGGCCUGCCAAACACGAGACAAAGACAGGAGAUCCUGAGGCUGAUUCUCGCAGGAGAAAAUCUGAGCAAUGCCAUUAAUCUGAAGGAGAUUGCCGAGAGGACAGACGGUUACUCUGGCAGCGACCUCCGGGAGCUGUGCCGCGACGCCGCCAUGUACCGAGUCCGUGACUACGUCCGCAAGGAGCAGAUGAGGCAGAUCGCUCAGCAGCUGAAGGACUGUGAGGAGGAGGAGGAGGAGAAACCUGUGGAUGAAGACCGACUACGACCAGUCACUCAGCUCGAUCUCCUCUUCGGUUUGGACAAGAUGAAGGAAUCGAAGCGGGCCACAGCCUCCAUCUUGCCCAGUGUGUCAGAGGUUCCCCUGGACUAAACACCAACACUGUGCCAACAGUGAGAAAAAGAAGUGUCCAUGGCAUGUUCCAGUAAAGACUUCUCCAACAUGUCACAAGUGCAGGUGGAUAUUUUUUUGCAAAGACACCUAUUUUACUUGAGUUUAUUGAUCUAGGCAGGGGUCAUUCUGAGCAUGCUCUUUUCAGCACAACCCUGCGACACAUGUACAGUUACAAUACAUUGAGAAGUGGAAUGUCUCCAAGCAUCUCAUCCGUGCUGCGCAAAUGAGACUUAAUGGGCCUCAUUCACCUAUAUCUUCUAAAGACUUUUCUUAAAUUCGUUCUCAAGAUCCUAAAAAAAUAGUCCUUGGCAGAUUUAUGACGCUGUUCUUAAACAUUGAAUUGUUCACCAUGUGUUCCCAGAUUGAUGAAGAGCUCGUAAGAUCGAAGCUUGUUCAGAAAUGCUCUUUUUAUGCCCAUAUAAGGGCUUGAGACUGCAGGGCUGCAAACACAGAAGGUACACAGGAUCUAACCGAGAUCAGUCAGGAAUGCCCAAAUUAAAAUAGAAAAACAAUCAUGAGCCAGACUCCAGUGUAAAAAAAAAAACACUUGAAAAGUUAAAAAAGGGAUGGAGUGCUUCUUGAAAAAGGCUUACUUUUUGUAUAAUAUUUAACACUAGUGGCGGAUACACGCUACAAAUGGAUACAUAUGGAUUUGAUGAUCUCAUUCAAAUAGCGCUGUCAUUAGAAACAACAUCUUUGCAUCCUUUCAAAAAUAAAACUAAACUAAUAAACUAGCAAUAAGCUAAAAAAACAAAACAAUUCAUAAGAAGAAGUGAAUGGGAAAUAAGAAAAAAAAUAAUGCAAAAUCCCAAACUAUUAUAAUCUGUAAAGCCCAAAACACAGCAGCGCCAGACCAAUGCAUCAUUUGACACGCCUUAUUACACAAACAGCAGUGCAACAGUCAGACUCCCCACCAGCCGCUGUAUGGCCAGGUGUUUAAUACCAGACCUGAAAGCCCACUCAGGGGAUCGCCUUCUUGUUCACUGCGUUAGAGAAAAAACAAUAGGAGCAAUAGUAUUUCACCAGCAGCUGAGGCCUGUUUAUUUUACACCUUGCGCAAAAGGGGCGCUAAAUUUCUUUCGUUCUGCUCUUAAACAGAGCUGCCACUGUGGCAUCUGAGAUCAACAAAACAGUUUUGUCGAAACAGCAGUGGCCCCACUGCCAGCGGCAUCACGAUUAAAGCAGUGUCCUAAAGUGUCACGGUGCAACGCCUCCUCAGGCUUCUGGCUGCCAUAGAAAAUUAUGGGGAUGAUCGUUUUGAUGCGUUGGGCUCUGAAGAGUUCUUGGAUUUUGUUCUUAGCUUUGAAGAAACCACAGAUAAGAAAACUUUUAUGAAUGUCAGAGUCUUCCUAAGAUCUGUGUAGAGCUAACCUGAUAGCCAGAUGGGUUUGUUUCACACAUCCAUCUGGCAAACCACUCAUAGACAGCGUUUGGGAAAAGGGCAGAGCGUGUGAAAAAAACUCGGAGGGUGAUUCUUCUUUUAACAAAGAAAUGUCGUGAAUUUCUGAUAAAACUCGCGCUUUAGCAGCAUCCAAACUUAUGUCUUCCGCCAUGCCGGCCUCUUGUUGCUGCUUGCUUAUGUCACCGAAAGUACUGCCCCUCGUCACUGAUUGGUCCUGUCACUUUCUAAUAGGUCCCAAAUGGUUCAGACGGGAGAUUUGCAAGGUGGAUUUUCCAGUGAGAAACACGGAUACGGGUGUAUCUAUCUGCUUUGCAAGGUUAGCGUAGAGCCAUUUAAGAACAAAUUUCUUCUUGAGAAUGGUUGGUGAAUGAGGCCUGUUGUCUGUGUUUUAAGAGGAGAAAGCACUUUCCAUAAACUUCUUUCCAUCUGAAGUUUCUGCUUUUUAAACUACCAACUACUCUUCUGCACCUUUAUGAGGACUAUUAGGGCACUGACAUGGAGUGGACUAAGCACAUGACUUGAAUUUAGGCUUUGAAUGACUCCCGAAUCAUCAGAACAGUUACGCUCUCGGAUUUAACCUACAGCUACGUCGGCUAUCAGCUUUUUUUUUUCAUUUUCUUUUUGGACAACAUAUGUGAGAAUCAAAGAGACUUGCAUCACUUUAAAUGGAUAUCACUUGAAGACAUUUGUGUGGUUACACUGUUAUUUCUGCAAAUAUAAGGCAGCAAGGUCAUUCAGGAAUGCAUUUUAGUGACACUGCUCAGGCAAAUGAUGUUUUAGGCCAAAUAAAAACUUUAUUUUAGGAUUUUCAGUAUUCUAAUAAAGAAUUACCUAGAAGAUAUUAUGCUACUUUAAGAUGGUGAGCAGCAAGGAGAAGCAGCAACACAAGGAAGCACCACCAUCUGAAUUCUGUGGUGUGGGGACAUUUUGUUUUUCUUUGAUAAGUAUUUUGAUGAAGAAGAGGAAACUGUCAACAAAAAAAAACUGUCUGAAACAUUUUUUUUAUACAUGUAUUGCCUGCUAAGAUCUUUCGAACAGUGCCAUCACUCUGUAAUAUCAGUGUCUGGAAGCAGGCUAGCCGAGCAGGUGACACAUCUUCAAAAGCAACAGUUCCUUUCUAAUGCCUUCCAUCGUAUGUGCCCCACUGAUAACAAGAGCAUAGGAGUGUUCAUCAUAAAGUUUUUUGCUUUUAAGUAAAAUGAAGUUGUUUUUCAGCCCAACUAUCCUUAACUCCUUAUUCACUUAAAGCACCUAAAAAUGCAACUAAAACCCUGACACCCAGGCCGUUUAACCAUUGGCUAGCUGUAUUGUUGCAUCUCUAUCUGCUCCUCACGGUCAUUUAUUUGGUGAUUUAUCAUUUUAUCUUGUUUGAUUGAUCAUUUCACUGCUUUGAAGGGUAAGAGAGGAUGCGUUUUUGUUGUUACAGAUUGAAACCGCAGUAAUGUGAUGUUCAUCAUGUAAUUAGUUACUGCUCCCAAGGAGUGCAAUUUUAAAUAUUUCUUUUGAUAUUAUAUUAAUGUUGAGUACGUUUUUAAAGUAUAUGUUUAUGUUUUAAAGGUAGAUGCUGUAGAAGAAGAGUCAAGUCUACCACAGGUCAAACUUAAAGUUUUUACCAUUGCUAAAACUUCUCUGAACUAAAACAGUGUAGUUAGAUAUAAUAUGCAAAACUAAACACAAUCUUGCAUUUUGCAUUGUGAUGCAUAAUGGUAAUCAAUGAUGGUGGAAGUUAGCACAGCUGUCACUGUAAAAACACAGCCAGUCAAAACUGAAAACACUGGUCUAAUGAUGUGGAACCAUUUUAGUCCAUAGACUGUAGAAAGAAUUGAACAAAGCCUGUGUGUCAGCAUCUGCUUACAGUAGGUGGACUCAAACAGCUCUUUAAGCCAAUCCACGAAGGCUUCCAUGUUGAAAUCGCUGGCUCAUCUGAACUUUGGAUCAACCUAACGGCCCUCCAACUAAGUGUGACCUCCUGUCAGCUAGCUAGCUAGCAUUCUGGUUGACAGAAAUGUACCCUCUGCUUGUCAAGCUAUCUGUCAAUCAAAUGAGA